AGGCUCAUUCUGAGAAACUGUGCAACAAGCCCCAGCCGAGUUGAUGUGCAGCAGCUCCUCCUCCUCUUCUCGAUCGCCAAGCUCGCUCACCUUCUUCGCUCCAAGCUCAGCUCUCCUCUCCUUCGCCUUGACGACGACCGAUCGUCAGUCCUCGGCUCGUCGAUCUGCAGGUGGUGGUGGAGGCUCUCGAAUUGAUCCAUGUUCUGUGGGUUUCCAGCGUUGACCAACUGAUUGACCGAGUGACUGCGCUGCCCAGAGAUUCUCCGAGCGUGUCGCUAUCUGAGGCCUGACGUGCUGUAGUAGUGGUGUUGGUGUUGGUGGAGGUAGGAGUAGCAGCAGCAGCAGUUCGAAGCUUCGGGCGUCGACUUGCAUGAAACGUAGUGGUAGUAGUAAUAUUCCGACCCCUCGAAUUGUAACGUGUUGUGAUCUGCGAAGAGGUGCGCGCAGCAUCGUCGUCGACGUCGUCACCCUCGGCCGAGCAGAAGGGCGCUAGGCCUCAGAGAGAAGGGAGGGGUUUAGAUCGGCGAAUCCGUCUCAGGGAAGGAGAAGAGCGGUUGGAUUAUGUCUCUGGUGUGCUUCCCAUUCAAGGAGGAAGAUGUCGCAGUAGUCGUACGUAAUCUGGAGUGCGCUGCUUCGCAUCCCUCGGUGACGGGCAUCCUGUGCGUGGGCUUCAGCCGCGGCGAGACAUGGUUCGCCAUUGAGGGCGCCAAGGCCAGCAUCGAGAAAUCCUGCAACGUACGCGUGCACCUGCUGCUGCAGAAGAGGAUCGGCUUGGCGCUGCGGGGCGGCAAGGGCGACGGCAUGAACACGGCGCUGGGCUACUUCCUCGAGCACCCGGAGUUCACGCGGCUGCACUUCUACGACGCGGACAUCGUCUCGUUCAGCGCCGAGUGGAUCAGCAAGGCCGAGAAGCAGGCGGAUCUGGGCUUCGAUGUGGUGCGCCACUACUUCCCCCGGUCCAGCACCGACGCCAUGAUCACGUGGUUCGUGACGAAAAUUGGCUUCGCCCUGCUGUGGCCCAACACCGUGCUGCCCGUGAUCGAGCAGCCUCUGGGCGGCGAGCUGCUUCUGACGCGCAAGGCGGCCGAGGUUCUGUACUCGGAUCAGCGCGUUCGCGCGCAGAGCGACUGGGGCAUCGACACGCUCUACACCUUCGUGUCGGCGCAGCAGGGCCUGAGCUUGGCCGAGGUCUACAUUCCCGAGGGCAAGGUGCACGCGCUCUAUGGCGGGCUCAGGGACCUGCGCACCAUGCUGGUCGAAUGCUUCUCGGCGAUUCAGUCGCUCAAGCGCGAGGCGGUGCCGGCUGACGGCGUGCACCGCAUGGAGUCGGCCAAGGCCGUGCCGGAGCUCGUCAAGCAGAAGGUGGGCUAUGACAUCGAGAAGACUCUGAAGCUGCUGGCCAAGCAGACGUGGUCGCAGGGCCAGCGCGAGCUGCUCAACCAGCACUUCGAUCCGGCCCUUGCCAAAGGGCUGCAGAACGCGAGCGAGUGGCCGUGCUGGGGCUUCGCCGACGAGGAGGCCUGGAUCGGCGCCUACCAGAAGUUCCUCGAGCACUUCGAGAAGGGCAAUCCCGACUGGGAGGAGCUGCUCUUCAAGGUCUGGGUGGCGCGGGUCGUGAAUCACACCAUGCGCAAUGUGAUGCGCGGCUACGAUUGCGCCAUGGGCACCCUGCGCGACUUCCUCUGGGACACGAUUCAGAAGUCGACCCUGCAGCAGCAGCAGACGAAGCUGUCGUCGUCCGGCGCCGUCCACUCUCUGUACUCGGGGCACAGCGCGGCCGAGAGCCUGGCCAAUGGGCAAGGCAAGAUCCGCAAGAAGGCCAAGUGGUCCACGGACACCAUGUGCGCGGUACAGCAGUAGUAAUGCGCCGACGACACCAGGGCUCCUACGUCCGGACCUUUGCAUGGAGUCUUCACGAAUCACGGCCCGACCUUCAUCUCACAAGCAUGCGCUGUUCAUUGUAGACCGAGGGGCGCGCACCAUCGUCUGUCUCCCAAGCUGUCACAUUUUGCCCGACCGUGCUCGGCCCCUCGUAGAAGCGUCCAGCCCACUCGGUUCACAAGUUCCUCCCGAGAGCGAACUGUAUCCAGGCUUGGCACUCGUCUCCUCGUCCAGGGAUGUCGAACAAGCGCCUCGUCGAGCUCAGGUUCUCAUAUCUCUCCUGAAUUUCCAUCGUCAGGGAGGACGUAGAGCAGGUCUCACUGGUCAACUCAUCUACGCGGGUCUCAUUAUUCUUCAGGUGGGCUGUGGAGGUCUGCCUUCGGCCGUCUCGAGAAUCAGCGUGGCAUAGCGUCACGUGAUCGGGAGAGGAGGCUUUUGUCACGAAGGCAGCGAAACGCCGCCCAGCUCUUUGUACCAUACAAGCACGUCAGCUUCACGACUAGGAAAAAACUCCGGCCUGCUUUGGGCGAUUUGUACUCUGCUGAUCACGCCUGCUGCUACACUCACGGUAUCGAUCAGUCAGUCUCGAGAUAUGCGGUGAGAACCCUGUCCACCUCCUGGUACACCAUCGGCCAGCAUAUCUGGGCGUGCAGACAGAGCGGUGUGUUUGGUUUAUAACUUAUCAACAUGCGCACGCGCGUGUUCAUCAUAGAUCGUCGUAGGAGUAGGAGUGAUACAGCUCUCGGAUCAGAGCAUGCCACCUUUUAGAUGCAAUCGGCUGGCAGGUGGACUUGUGGAUCAGGUUAGACGCCAUCAGCUUUCAAGUUAACGUCGAAAUCAUGUGUAAUAUGUAGAAUAAUAUGCUCACCUCAGAAGUUGGUAGAUAGCAGUUGUGAACCGAGGCUGAUUAUACUGAAAGCAGUCAAACUAAUGGAAUUGUGGGGAAGUUUGGAC